AACUAGGAGACAGUUGGAGUGGCUCAUGAGGUUGCGGAUUGACCCCAAUCACCCAGGGAACUCUAGUCUCUAUGAACUCAUGAGGGAGAUGCGCCACACUGAACAGAACCCUAGUAGCCAUUUCCGUCUGGACACUGCAGAGGACUGCUUCGCCACGGACGAGCAGCUGGAUGCCCCCCGACGCUUCGGCCUCUUGCGCCUGAGGAGCCAGAACGCCGUCCGUCCUCGUCUCAUCCCCCUGCACGAUUGGCAAAUCUCCUCGGACCAGACAGAGGAUGAUGAAGGAUGCCACUAUGAGCUACCCAGAGAGACAGACGCCAUCACAACACAGAGGAAGUGGGCCAUCCGGCAUUUUCAGGAGUUGGUGCGUAGUGUUCAGAAAGACCUACAUCACAUGGACAAAAAAUACAACCUGUCGGAUAUCGUCAGUGAGAUUACGCGGUACCAAAUUCCGUCUCUGCCUGACCCACCACACACCACUAUGGCAUGGGACUCCCGCAGGCCAUCGCAGCAGCUGAAGCCGGAACGUCAGAAUAAGAAGGGUGUCCCUCCUGGCCUGCUCUCCGACGGAGAUCUGACCAUCCGCAUCAGUGUCACGAGGGCCGCAAACUUACCCAUCCGGCAGCAGACAUAUCAUCACAUGGAGAACCGUGGAUCCUACUGUGGUCUGUCCGGCAGUAAACAAUUCUUCAUUCGCUGGAUGCAUAAAGAUGACCCACAGGAUCAGCUUCAGCCUUUUGCUGAGGUGAAAUUUCAAAGCUCGUCGUUUGAGACCAACGUCGCAGAAGGACCCGACCCGGUGUGGAGAGAGGAAUUCUGCCUUGACUUCAGCUCCCCGGAUGGUGACUACAGCCACGCAAGUCUGGCCAAGGUUCAGGACGACAUCGUCAUCAACAUCUUUGAUAUGGUGUCAUUUCAGCUGAUGGAGAGAAACACUCUGAGGGGCUGUGGAACACAGACCUUCUUAGGCAAGCAGUGGCUGGGCUCUGUGAACAUCCCCUUCAGGACUCUGAUGAAAGAGUCAAAGAUGAGCUGCACUUUGAAAAUCAACACCCCCCCUGCACUGUUGGGCUAUACGUGGUCGAGGGACGACUUUCACAGUAACUCAGCAAAACAAGAGAAAGCCAGUUACCUCACUGUCUACAUCGUCCUGGACCCGUUUAUCUCUUCCCAAGAAGACCCGUCAUCAAACAUGUUUCCAAGCCCAGCAAGCCAUGCUGAGCUCGUGCUGGCGGACAAUUUUCGGAAAGCGUGCAGAGCUGUGGACAAACAGAAGAGGUUCGUCAGCACUGUAGUGAACAGUGAAGGGCAGCUGGUCCUGGCCACCAAGUUCAUCAGAGCUCUCCCUCCUCCACCAGAGGUUCUGCAGGAGGAGGAGGCGCAUCGGAGCAAAUUCUCUAACUUGAAGAGAAUAGCUGCCUUUGUGGCUUUGAUUCCUGUUUUGCCAAGUUCAUCUGAGGUUGGAGACUAUGGAGAGAUGUGGCUCACCGCAGAGCAAUGCUUGGAUCUAGUCAUUGGAAACGGUGUCAGUUUAGCCGUUCUACUCUGCAACUUCUUCCUGUAUUCAGAAGUAAAGGCAUGGGUCCUUCUAGGCACAUCAGUUAUAGAGGGUGAUACGGCAUAUGUUUUCACCACCGGUGGCUUUGGUGAUUUGGUGUGGAAUCCAAAAGAUGGGAAACACUACAGCUUAUAUGACGCAUUAUGUCCAAUCACGACAAUGGACUGUCUGGUCAGCGGGCAAAAUGUGUGGUUUUAUAAGAGUAAAGAGCGCGCAAUGCCGCAAGACUUUGAUCUGUACGACACUUCUAUGUGGAUUGCUUUGUUCCCGAGAGACGCCUCAAGAGACGCCUUGAGAGACACCUUGGCAAAGUCAGCAGAGGUGAAGUACCCUGUAAUCCAGUAUCGCCUGCCUCAGUCAGAGCUGGUUGAAGUCUUACAGAGAAGGAUGGAGAAGCAUUUGAAGCAGAGAUUGAUGGAAUGGCGGAGUCCUCAUCCGACACGGUGGAAUAGGCGUCUCCCGAUCCUGCUGAGUGAAAUCCUGCCCAAGUUUGAGACGCAGGACGACCCCUCCUCCAUGGAGGAAGAUCUUUACACACUGCCCACCAAGAUGAGCGACUUUAAGGUGACAGGCCUGGCCCUUCAUAUGCCUUUCACUAAUAUGGAUGCCGUGACAGAACGAGUCCAGAACACCCAGAUCCACAGCACAGAGAUCCCCGGGACAGAGUUCGUCCUCUUGGUCUACAUCCACCCCUACCCAAACGACAUCUUGUCAGUCUGGGUCCUCCUCGCAUCACUAGUAGCGCAGCAGCGAGGAGCAUACUACCAGCCUCCAUGUUGAGAUGAACUUGGGGGUUUUCCAACUACGUGGUGUAGUGACAAACCUGGGUAAGUUAACUCAGAGUACGUGGUAAGCCUCCUACAAUAAGCCAUUGUUGUCUAAUGGCAUUGUUUUGUUUGGAGAAUGAAGCCAUACAGCUCUUCUAUUAGGUUUACCACUUACUGCGUUACUUACCCAGAUUUGUCACUAAACUACGUACUACUUAGGGGAAAUACCCCAUAAAGUAACCACGUUUGGCCUGUGUUCAUUUGAACUCUUAUCUAGAGAUUAGGGCAGAGAUCACCAGCAUUGGUCAUUGAGACCACUCUUCUACUGUCAGUCAAUGCUGUUUUUGUUUGCCAGAGAAGUGCAGACAGGCAAACAACAAGGGAUGUUCUAAUCUAGGGGGAAUGUAAUAGGCAGUGAAAUAUUUUAGUUUUAAAUGUUAGUAAUUCUGUUGGCUCUCUUGUUCAUUGUUGUAGCCUAUAUGAUUUUUCCAAGUUGCCCUGUCACUAUGAACUGUCAAUAU